AUGGCUGGAAUCGCUGCCGGUCGUUUGCUAUACGAGAGAAGGGAUUGGCUCAGAAAUCCUCUUCCUGAUUUUAUUGCGAAGCCAAGUGUGAACGCAGAUGGAAUUGGAGUGAAUGUAUUCAAUUGGGAAUGUGCCAUUCCUGGACCAGAAGGAACGAUUUGGGAAGGAGGGUUGUUCAAACUUCGAAUGAUUUUCAAAGAUGAUUUUCCUUUAAUUCCUCCAAAAUGUCGUUUUGAGCCGACAAUCUUCCAUCCAAAUGUCUUUCCGAAUCAUAUAGCUUGUCUGAACCUGUUGUACAAUGACUGGCGUCCAACAGUCACUAUCAAACAAGUGUUGUUGGCAAUUCAAGAUUUGUUGGUUAAUCCAAACCUGGAGGAACCUGUUCAAGCUGAAGCCUAUUUAAUUUGUACCCAAAACCGUCAGGAAUAUGAACGUCGUGUGCGCGAACAAGCUCAACGUUUUUCAUGGGAAGUGGUUGAAAUGGAAAUGUUUGGUUAAAUUAUAAAGUAUUUUUUGUGUAAUCAUGGAUUUUUUGAGAGAACGAAACUUCCCCGGACCCAUUUUUGCUUUUAUUUUAUAAAUAAGAUCAACCCACUUCUCCGUUUACUCUUGGGUGGGAAGGGAUGUGGACAUGGUUUUUUGACAUUGGGUGGUCUAACAACAAAUGCCUUAUUUGACGCAGCUCCCUGGGAAGAUUCUCCGUUCAAGAAUCAUUCAGGAUUUCAUACCGUUCCGAACACCAAAUGUUUUUGGCAUUGG